AUGGCUGAAGGCAAUAAUCCGUUAUUUCACAUCCAGGUCUAUGUUAGACAAAGUCAAACCGAACUCUGGCUUAAGCAUGGGGCAAGUGAAAAAAACUAUACUUUCGAUAAAGUUUUCGGGUGUGGAGCGUCACAAGCCGAGGUUUAUGACGUUGUUGUGCGCCCCUUGGUCGACUCGAUGCUCUUAGGGUGCACUUGCACUGUUUUUGCGUACGGACCGACUGGAACGGGCAAAACUUACACCAUGGUUGGGGACACAGUCAAUCCGUCCGUUGAUUUUAUUAACGACUCUUCGGUGGGAAUGGUACCAAGGGCGGCGACUGAUAUUUUUAAUAAACUAUCGCAACUUGGGGUUGAAUACAACGUAAAUGUUUCCUAUGUUGAGAUAUACAAUGAAGAAAUCCGCGACCUUUUAUUCUCCGACAGCCCUUGUUUGAGAAUCUACGAUGACCCGGACAAUAAGGGGGCCACAUGCAUCAAGGGCGUGUCUGAAGUGCCGGUGAAAGAUUGCAACGAACUAUUUGAAAUGUUGAUGAUUGGAGCUAAUUAUCGUCAUAUCGGUUCCACUAACAUAAACCGUCACAGCUCACGUUCUCAUACCAUUUUUACUAUUGUUGUUACCAUUCGAGAAGUAACCAAUGGUGAAGAGAUUGUUAAAACUGUGAAGCCAACGUACGAUUAUCCGAAAAAGAUCAAUUCGGAACUCUCCAAGGAAGUUUUGAAAAAGGAGUUCAAGAAGACGCUUCGACACGAGACCCAAGAUAAUGAAGCAAGCACCUCAAGGGAUGGAGAUAAGUGA